CAAAUUUAGGGUUCCAGUUCUACCUAUUUCAGAUAACAAAAUCCCAAUUCGAUUUCACAAUCCCGAUCCCAAAUCGUUCUCUGUAGAAUUUUCAUGGAUUUUUCAUCAUCUGAAUCUGAAUCUGAAUCUGAAUCAAACCAAGUGUUGUCGCUAAUCCCCUUUUUCUUCCCGAUUUCUAUACCCUUCGAUUCUGCUUCUUCCUGUCGCAUACUUCUUCAUACUUGUUCAAUUUCGUCUCUCUCUUCCUCAAUUUCUGAUUCGUGUUUCUAACAACGCUCAUAACAUUGUUAGUCCUAACCCAGUGUUUACAUAACCUCGCAAUUCGCCAUGGGAAAACGUAAUUCUCAACGGAAAGGUGCUGCUGCAGUGUUUGAUACCGAUGAUGAUAGUAGUGUGACUUCCUCAUCAACUUCAAAUUCUGAUCUGGUCUCGGUGUCUGGUACCGAAGAUGUGCAGUUAGAACAGGAUUCAUUGCUUGACCAAGCUCUCGAUGCUCUAGAUGAAAAAAGGGGUUCUACGAGGGAGAAAGCUUUCUUAGCCAUCAUUGACGCCUUCAAAACCAACUUGCAGCAUCAGUUUGUGGAAAAGAAAUUUGCCACCAUAUUACAUCAAUGUCUUGCUUCAAUCAAAAAGGGACCCAAGAAGGCUUCUGCCACGGAGAUAGCUUUCGCAUCUCGUGCCAUUGGUUGUUUGGCCUUGACUGUUGGUUGUGGUGAUCAUGCACGUGAGAUAUUCGAAGAAUCGGUUCGUCCUUUGGAUGAAGCACUUGUUUCUUCAAAAAUAUCAGCAUUGCUGGAGUGCUUGGCUAUAAUCACCUUUGUUGGAGGGAAUGAUCAGGAAGAAACAGAGCGAUCUUUGGAUAUAUUGUGGCGAGUGAUCCAUCCCAAAUUAGGUUCCAAUGUAGUUGCAGCCAAACCUUCUGCUCCAUUAAUAACCGCUGUGGUGUCUUCCUGGUCUUUUCUCCUGUCUACUAUGAGCAAUUUGAAGCUGAAUUCAAAAUUUUGGCAAAAUUCAAUAUCUUAUUUAUCUGGUCUUCUAGACAAGGAAGAUAGGUCAGUACGAAUUGCUGCUGGUGAAGCCCUGGCUCUAAUUUUUGAGAUUGGAGUUACUGAGAAGUUUUCCGCUGUGUCUAAUGGUGCAAGUGAUACAACUCAAGACGAGAGUAAACCUCAGGAAAGUUACAUAUUUUUACAAGGAUUAAAAGGAAAGGUGAUUAAUCAAUGCAAAAACCUGUCUGUGGAGGCUGGUGGAAAAGGUUCUGCUAAAAAAGAUCUUAAUACUCAAAGGAACCUGUUCAAAGAUAUUUUGGAUUUUUUCGAGUAUGGUUACUCUCCUGAAAUUACUACAAAGAUUGGUGGUGAUUCGUUGCAGACAUCGUCAUGGUCGCAAAUGAUACAGUUGAACUAUAUCAAGCACUUCCUUGGAGGAGGAUUCAUCAAGCAUAUGCAGGAAAAUGAAUUCCUGCAUGAUGUCUUUAGUUUCACACCAAAGAAAAAGCAUCUCAGUAACAACGAACACAGAAUGUCUGGUGAGGAGAAGAGAAUGUUCAAGUCUCCAAAUUCGUUUUUGAACAAGGCUAGGACCCAAUUACUCAAUAAGCAGCGGUUAAUGUCUGAGGGCAGAAACUUCGGUCACUACUCGGCCAGUAUGGUUAACGAGGAGCAAUGAAUUUGAGUCGCAACAACAAAAAUGUUUCGUUUGGUUUCAAACAUUCAUUUAGUAGUGUCCCUUAUUUAUCAAAAUAAUGUCUCAAACUUUAUGUGUAUUACCCACUGUUGCUCUUGCCUAUUGGCAAUCAAUAAACUGAGAGCAACUUGUAUGAUUAAAACAUUCAUUCUUAAAUUAUUUGGAAUAUCAAUGCAUUUACAAUAUGAUAAAACGUGAAUCUUGACUUCA